AUGCCCAAACAAAAGAGAAAGGUCAAGUUCGAUCACGACGACACCGAAGACCAAGAAGCUGUGGUGGUGGCCCGAGUGCCCACCAUCAUCCACAAAUGGGCGACAAUUCCCUAUCAUCUCCCACUCAUCCUCGUGGGAAUGUUCAAAUUCGGCCUAACCUCCCACGUCAAACAAACCUUGGUAAAAGGAUACAUUUCCCUCAUCUGCCUCCAGGCUGUCCACUCCUACAUUCUCUACAUCAACACGGUUGACUUCCCCGACAGUCUGUCUGGCAAAAAACACAGGAAAAAGAACAAGGACAAUUUGGUGUUGUUGAUUGCCAGCUCGCUUGUGCUCCCGGUUCUCAUGUCCCCAGCGGUAUUGGCAAUUCUCGUGCUUUUGGGAGCACCGGUCUCGAGCCACGUGAUCGAGACCUAUCUCCUAGCGGCCCACUUAUCGACGGUGGUGGCAACGCCAUUGUUGGUGACGUUCAAAUUGAACUUUGCCAACUUUGUGUCGGUGUUCAAAAGUCCGGACUUAUUCUGUGUGGUGUGUCACCACCAAACCUUACUGAGCGGGUUGUUGGCGUUGGUGGGGACUUGGAUCGGGGUGCUUCCGAUUCCGCUUGACUGGGAUCGUCCAUGGCAGGCAUGGCCGGUAACAUUGGUGGUAGGCACCUAUAUCGGGUUCUUCGGAGGUUCUGUCAUUAAUCUUGCCCUAUAA